UAUGAAUAACGCUCACUUUUUUUUUUUUUUUUUUUUUUUAACCACCAGUUUUAAUGAGUCACUUGCAGUGGUGGGAAGUAAGUAGAUUUCCAAAUUUCAUUUCUUCACUUUGUCAAAAUAGGCUGGUUACUGUUUUAGAGGACGACACUUUAUAAAAUGAUGUAGUUGAGAUCCUCAUGGAUUGAGAUGUUGGGGUCUUCUUCUAAGGUGGAAAAAAGCAAGCAGCGACAUGAAAAAGGGAGCAUUAACCACGAUUAAGAGAAGCGAGAUAUUCCCCAUCCGUGGCCUUAUCAAGACUGACACUUGAUUGGUGAUGUCGACUGGCAAAUGGGUUGUCUUUUGCCGGCCUAAAACAAAAAUUCUCCAUCUUCUGUAUUUGUUCACUUGUUAUCCUAAGCUAAUUUAGCCGUUUUUGUUUUGCUCGCAUGACAGCCUCAGGCAAUACUAUAUUGUAUAUAGUUGACAGUAAAAAAAAGGAGUUGAAUCAGAACAUCUACUUUUUCCAGUCUUUUUUUCCCCCACAAGUAUACACUUAAGUACAAAGUGUGAGUACUUUUACCACAACUGCUAGUUUGGAACGUGAAGGAUGUUCAAAUCUGUUUUGAAUGUUCGUUUGAGUGACUGUGUCCACUAAUGAGGAAGUGACAUCACGGGACAACGGAUUCUUUUGAUGCUGGCCGAAGGGGACGCCAGCUAUUAAGGAAAAGUAACUUUUGAUUGGGUUGUGUGUUUGGCAUCCCCAAAAAUUAAAUUAGCAAGUCAAUGUUUAGCUAUCUGUGUUUAAGUUAAGGACUAAUUAGCAUAACAACACCCCAAUAAGAGUUGACACAGUCAAUGGCAUGAUCAGCUCGGCUGUACAAGUUGCAGAGCAAAAGAACCACUUUGGCCAGAAGCACGUUUUUGUUGAAGCCAAAAAGGUAAGCAGAGCUGCAGUGUUAGCACAGAUUAGCAUUAGCUAACAGCGUUACAGCAUGAGCUUUUGCGAAUAACGUUGGGCAAAGUUGUGGACGUAGGUGUGUGGGGGGAUUUGUGUGGCCCUUCCAAUCGAAUGAAAGCUGGGCCCGCCAUGUAUGAGACGCAUCCGCCGCCAAAACCGGCCGAUCGCGUCGCAACAACAGUUGUACUGUGAAAACACAGCGCUAACUUGAUUUACGUCUGCCCCAGCUGUCGCUUGGCCAAUUUUCAUUUGUUGGUGUAGUUUUUUGUUCAUUUGUCACUUUUUCAGCUUUUUUUGAUUUGCAUUGCGAGCCAAAUCGGAGGCGCUCGGGAUACGGCACCCCUCGAGUGAAGCGUCAGAAACAAACAAAGGUCUUUGUUCACAAUGUUCUGUCAUUGUGUUAAUUGCAAUUGAAAAGUGCUAACGGUAUCGGCGCUUGAUAACGGUGAGUUCUCAUGAUGGUUUCAGUCUGAGAAAAAAAGAACAUCCCUAGUUUUGACAGAAUAACGUCACAGACAUGUUAUUGAGACAGAGAUCAGUUUUGCAGUUUUGCUCGUCGUCGUCGUCGUCAGAUGUCGUGACGUCAUCGGUCGCAUCGUCGUCAUCGUCCGCGGUUGAAAAUGGGUCCUGAGGGGAAGAAGCUGAUGAACAUCAUCGUCCUGGGCGUGGGCUUCAUGUUCAUCUUCACCGCCUUCCAGACGUGCGGCAACAUCGAGCAAACGGUCAUCAAGAGCUUCAACAGCACCACCUUCCAUGCCAGCGGGUACACCAGCAUGGCGAUCAUCUACGGCGUCUUCUCGGCAUCCAACCUCCUGGCGCCGUCGGUGUUGGCGGUGGCGGGCCCGCAUCUGUCCAUGUUCUUCAGCGGGCUCCUGUACAGCGCCUACAUCGGCGUUUUCGUGUACCCGUACACGUGGAGCUUCUACGCCGCGUCCGCGCUGGUGGGCGUGGGCGCCGCCGUGCUGUGGACGGCGCAGGGCAGCGUGCUGGCGCUCAACUCCGACCGGCUCACCAUCGGCAGGAACAGCGGCGUCUUCUGGGCGCUGCUGCAAUGCAGCUUACUGUUUGGAAACGCGUUCAUCUUCCUGGCGUGGCGCGGCCACGAGCGCAUCUCAGACAAGGACCGGCAGACGGUCUUCAUCUCGCUGACGGUCAUCAGCCUGGCGGGCUGCUUCCUCUUCUUCCUCAUCCGGACCCCCGACGCGGAAGUCUCGGGCCACGCCGAAGUCGCUCCCGGCGAACGUCCGAACGCCCCGCUGCUGCCCUCCGACUCUGGCGACGGCGCAAGCGGCCCAUCUUCCUCGCACCUCUGCUCGCAAGCCGCGGACGCUUUUGUGCAGGCGUGCAAGAUGUUCGUGACCAAGGAGAUGUCGCUGCUCAGCCUCUCCAUCGCCUACACGGGCGUGGAGCUGACGUUCUACAGCGGCGUGUACGGCACGUGCGUCGGCGCCACGAGCGGCUUGGGGCCGGACGCCAAGAGCCUGAUCGGCCUGUCGGGCAUCUGCGUGGGCCUGGGCGAGAUCGUGGGCGGGGCCGCUUUCGGCAUGCUGAACAAGUGCAGCGGGCGACUGGGCCGGAAUCCCGUGGUGCUGCUGGGCCUGCUCGCGCACUACCUGGCCUUCUACCUCAUCUUCAUCAACAUCGCCGACGACGCCCCGCUGGCGCCUGAGGAGGGAACGCAGCUCGCCGCCUUCAUACGCCCCAGUGUGGGCGUGGCCUUGCUGUGCAGCUUCCUGUUGGGAUUGGGCGACAGCUGCUUCAACACGCAGCUGCUCAGCAUCAUCGGCUCCAUCUUCCGUGACAACAGCGCCCCCGCCUUUGCCGUCUUCAAGUUCAUCCAGUCCAUCCUGGCGGCGCUGGCCUUCUUCUACAGCAACUUCCUGCCGCUGCGCUGGCAGCUCCUCAUCAUGGUGGCGCUCGGCUUCGCCGGCUCGCUGAGCUUCAUGGCCGCCGAGCGGCGGGCGCAGGCCGGCGGGCGCGACGGCAUCUGAGGACGAGGACGAUCCCUUUGGCGCGUUUCCGCCGUCGCCAAAUCGCACGAGGACUUUUAAGACGCCCCCGAGGCACGACGGGAAAUGCCGCCGGUGCCGGCUGAAGUCGAUUCCGUUUUUUUAGCGAAGUUUCCGGAAUGCUGAAGUGAACGCCGAGAAGGGAAAAGAAGGCAAACCUCAGAGACUGCAAUAGAAAUGUCACUUUGCUGUGUUUGGAGACAUGUUUUGCUUUUUGUUGUUGUUCAGUUUCUUCGCCAUGGAAUUCAGCGUUGCCCCACGAUUGGCGUGGCUCGACGCCGCCCGUAAUGUUGCUCAUCUAAUUGCCCAUAAAUGCCAAAAGAGAGCAGCAACUGAAGCCCCUCAAUUCACUUCGACAUAGGGCGAAGUGAGUUUGUGAAUGUGUUUUUGGGAUGUGGGAGGUUUUCUCGGGCAGAUGUGCAAGACCUGGCACAGGAAGCCCCUAACAUUGGGUACAGUGAGGCACGUGCCAGUAACACUGCAGCUCUGCUUACCUUUGCCCUCUACAUGAUUGUGCUUUGAUUGUCUCCAAUUAGGAUAAGAUUCCCUUUCAAUUGGCUUGCAUGAUCAAAUUGAUCUCAAUGACAAUAUGAUUCACUCCAGGUACAUUUUGGUAGAUCAUCGUACACUCUUUUCUUUGAGAUUGUACUGUCGUGUGUUAGAAUACAUUUUUCAUGUUGGUUAAUGUGGCCGAGCAUUUUUGGAUAGAUUACUGAACAAAAAUAUGUAGUUAAAAGUACCCAGGAUUGUAAUUGAUUUGACCCGGCAUUUGGGUUCAAAUCGACCAAGCCGUCGUGGUGGGUCAAGUGAACGACUGUUGGGAUGCCGCUAUAAUAACCCAAUGUGUUGUUUUUACAGUGUGCAAAUCAUAACCGUUGUAUUUUCUUCCAUGUUAUCCGAAGGCCAGUGUGUAUAUUUCAAACCAAACUGUUAAGAACGAAGAUGCUGCCCACACCCCAAAAAACAAACAAACAACAAACUUUGACCAAAGCGUGCGGCAUUUUCUUAUCCGCUAUCCCCGCUGCAUUCAGAAAUGGGGCCUGGAUUCCAUCGCUGCACAUUUUUCAAGAAACAGCCACAAUAAUAAUAAAUGAUCCAAAUCAUAAGACGUUUGGUACGUUUGGCAAUUGUCGACAAUGUUUAGCCGAUUAGAUAUCGGUCCGGGAAAAGAAAUGCUAACUGGAACUUGUGAAACUGGUCAGUCACCUUCAAGUUAGGAAAGCGAAUUGCGCUGAACGUGAUGGUUUUGUUUACUGCCCAAAUCUGCUUGGAUCCGAAAUGUAUUUUUCUUUUCUUUUUUUUUUUUUUACAACAGAUUGCGUCGCUUGUGAUAAUAGCGUACGUGAGAAGUUAUUUUCAUUCGUACGAAGUGAUUUCCUUGUCUUUUGUUGCCGACUUGCGUUGGCUUUUCACAUCCGUAGAAUGACACAACUUAGUUGUUUUCUUGGGUGAGCACUCUUUUCAAAAUGACAUUAUACUCCACUCGUGUUUUUUCACGCACCAACCAAUAAGUGAUGUUCCUGAACAAGGGUAUGUUUGUGUUUAUUUCCAGUUGAUAGGUGGGAUGGUUACAGCAAUUCAGCAUCAUAGUCAAACAGCAUCGUAUGACCUCGAUAUACAAAAAUAACACAAAUAAAAAGAAAAUGUUCCA